CACCCCCAGCCCAAAUUCCCCACUCUCCCCCAGCCCCAAUUACCGACUCCCUCCUCCAGCCCCAAUUUCCGACUCUCCCCCAGCCCAAAUUCCACCCCCAGCCCCAAUUCCCGGCUCCUGGCCCAGCCCUCACCACGCCCCGCUCCCGCCGCGCGAUUUCCUCUUUUUUUUUUUAAAACCCCCAACAAAUGAGAUUUGAUUCGCUCCCUACCGCGCUGAGUCACGGAAUCCCGAGCCCCGGAGCCACCCGGCCCCGAGCCCCGGAGCCACCACCGGGACCCUUUUGGGGGUCCCGGGAAUCCCCAUCGGGCACAGCCAAGGUGGGUCCGGCAAUUCCACGUCCCGGCUGCGGCAUGGACCUCCAGUCCCAGACUUAGGGCAUUUUCAAGGACUUUCAGGCGCUUUGAAGAUCUCAAAAUUUAAGAGUGAAUCCAAUCAGGGGCUGGUUCUUCCCUGCUGCGGCUCCGACCCCAGCCCCAGUACUACCAGUGCGUUACUGGUGCCGCAGCACCCGCCUCGCGCAGAGUCUUUAGGGGCGAUCCAUGGGAAUUCACUACUUUUAUCCCCAGUUUUGGCAGAUCCGAAGGAACCCGGAGCCUCCCCUGGAAGGAGGGCUCUCAGCCCCACCUGAGCGCAGGUGACGAGGAGUGGGAAUUCACCGCUUUUAUCGCUAUUUUUGGCAGCUCUGAAGGACCUCAAGCAUUCACCUGGAAGGAGCAGAUGCCAUGGAGGGAGAUCAGCCCCACCUGAGCGCAGGAAGACAUGACGACCCCGUACCUGAGGAAGGCUCCCACCCCCCCUGGCCAUGAGGACGCCGACACCGCCAUCAUCGCAGUGGUGAUAACUCUGGUGUUCCUCACCCUGCUGACGGUGCUGGUGGUGAUCGGGAUUUACUUGUACCGGAACCAGGGCUCCUACCGCACCUACGAGCAGCCGGAGCCGGACACGGCCCCGCGGGAGGAGGCUCCGCCCAAGGACAAGGAGGAAUAUUUUAUCUAAGGACACACCUGGGAUCCACACAGGUCCCUAAAUUCCCUGGAGUUGGGGGUCUACAUAAAUUUUCAGGAGUUAGGAUGCUACCUGAAUUCCCUGACACUGGAGAUGUGCCCAAAUUGCCUGGAGCUGGGGGUGCACCUAAAUAUCUUGGAGUUGAGGAUCUGUCAAAAUUUCUCAGAGGUGGGGGAUCUUCCUGAAUUGGGAAUCUGCCUAAAUUCCCUGGAUUUGGGGCUCCACCUAAAUUGGAAACCUGCCUAAAUUCCCUGGGGUUGAGUUUCUGCCUAAAUAUCCUGGAGCUGGGAUCUGCCUGAAUCUCCUGGAGUUUGCAACCUACCUAUAUUCCCUGGAGCUGGGGUUCUGCCGGCUGAUUUUGUUUGGGUUGGGCUUUUUUUCCCCCCUUAAUUUAUGAAGCCAACCAUGGAAGGAAUAUGUGGGUACCCCAGUGCAGGACAAAACCUAAAUACUCCCCAAAAAAUAAUAACCCCAAAAGAGGAAGUUCCCAACUCAGCAGGAAAGAGGAAAAGAAGUGAGGAAACCCCCGGCUGGCAGCAGCUGAGAGGGCUCUCAGAGGCCCAACAGAAAUCUGUUAGUUCAUUUAAAUUUUCAAAAUAAUCUUUAUUUUUGGUUUUUAGUACAAAAACUCCACAAGUUCAGUGCAGCACAGAGAGUCCGAGAGCCAAGCUCGGGAACAGUCAGGGAUGGUCACACACACAAAGGACACAGAUUCAGAUUAAAGUGAAAUAUUAAAAUAAAAUAGAGUCAAAUCUGAGCUCUUUCUUCAUCAAAUAACAACCAAAAAGAAGAAAAAGACCCGAUUGAGGAUCCCUGAAAUGCUCCUCCCAAGCUUUGUGGAGGUUUAGUUAUCAAUACAGGCAUGAGUCACUGAUAAACACAUUGAUCAACCCGUUCACAAGCACCCCAUUCACAAAAAUCUGUCUAUAAAUAUCCCAUUCAUAAACUCAUUCAUAAACCCUCCAAUAAACAGCUCAUUGAUAAACCCAUUGAUAAGCGCCCCCCCCCCCAAAGCAUCCCGUGAUCCAAGGGGUUUCUCUGUUCCCUGACAGUUCCCACAUAUGGAAUCCUGCCUCUCAGGUUUAAGGGAUUUGGGUGCAAAAACACCAGAUCUGAGUUAAAAUCAAGCUCUUGCUAAUUAAGCAUCGGUUAAACCUUGUUCUAGCUGGAAUGGGAGGAUCCCACGGGAGCUGCAGCACGGCCCUGGCACCGAUCAUGGCUUUGAUUAGAGCUGAAGUGCAAACAAUCCAACGUUACUCGGAGUGGGUUAAAAAAAUCCCAGGACAGUUUCUGGAGUAGAAAGGUGGGAGUGGGUGAGGGAGUCAGGCUGGGAAGGGCUCAGGUAUCCUUCCCACUGCUGGGAAGGAGAUUUUUGCUUUUGGGAAGGGAACUUUGCCUCUGGAGAGGAGAUUUUUGCCUGCUUUCUACCCAAAAUCCACCUUUCUCUAAAAGAAGGGAAACCUGGAUGGGUCCAGCAGGGGAAUGAAGUUGGCAGAAGGGGAAACCCUGCCCCAGGACAUAAUUAGGCCAUUAACUAAUUAGAGCUGCAUGUAAAUGAGGAUGGGGUGGGGCUGAGUUCACCCCUA